UUUGGUGGGGGGGGGGGGGGGUCCACUACAACGUUUCACUUGAAAAUGGUGAAUAGAAAAUGUGUGUUUGGGGGGUGGGGGGGGGGUCACUUGUACCUGACCCAUUUCUACUGAAAGGACGGAUCAUCCUUGGAGCUGCUUUGUCUUCAAGCAGUUUUCAUUCUCUGGUCCCUGGACUGGACUGGACGUGAGGACCUCGAGAGAUUUCAGAGCUCAUGUUGUACCUUUUCAAGUCCAAUUGUUAGCCGGCAGCCCCCGUGUGAAAAAGAACAUUCGGUGUGAACGACACAUUGCAGGCGUCGCCGGUUCAAAUCCAGCCAGCGCUUUGAAGGCACUCAGGCCUACGUCGUGCCAUCAUUUUUUUCAAUGCGCGUACAGUGAAUCUCUGCGGGCCAUUAGUGCGCCCCCCCCCCCCCCGUCCUCCCGACCACCCACGCCCCCCACCCCCUCCUCCCGCGAAGACCUCGUCAUAUAAACACGCAGGGAAACCCCGGCAAGCAGUGGAGGAUUAACUGAGAGGGUCGACACAUGAUUCGAGACUCGGCUCGCCUGCAAAUGCAGUGACUCGAGCCAACUUCAACUAAAGCAAAGCAAAGCAAAGCCUCUCCGGGACUAAAAGAAGCCCCAGUAGCGAAUCGUUGCUGUGAAGCGUCUGUGAUCUGAAACGAGUCGGCCAUGCUGUCCAGCGUGCGCCGGCACAGCCUCCGGCUGCAGUCGGAGAUCCACCGCUGGAGCAUCUGCGAGCCGGCCGCGAGCCGCCUGAUCGCGGACGGCGCGCCCGCCUGCAUGUGCCGCUCCAAGUCGUGCGCCAGCUCCGCCGGAGACUCGGACGGAGGCAGCGGGCGGGCCAGCCGCUCCUCCUCGUCCGACUCGGUCCUCUCCGCCGCCGACGCGCUCAAGCCCUACCGGGUGGCGCUGCUGGGGGCCGGCGGCGUGGGCAAGAGCGCCUUCGCCUGCAUCUUCUCCGGCGCCGCCGACAGCAUGGACAGCGACGACUGCGAGCUGUGCGGAGAUGAAGUACGUGAGAGGGAGCUGGAGGUGGACGGCGAGGCAACAAGCAUCACGCUGUUGGACACCUGGGACGCAGAGAGCGCCAGCGACGUCGGCUCCCUGCAGUCGGCCGACGCCUUCCUGCUGCUGUACUCCAUCACCGACCGGGCGUCCUUCCUGCGGGCGUCGGAGCUGCGCAUCGGCCUGCGCCGCCUUCGCCCCGCGGGGCGCGCGCCCAUCAUCCUGGUGGGCAACAAGUGCGACCUGGUGCGACGCAGGGAGGUCUCCACCAACGAGGGCCGCGCCUGCGCCGCCGUCUUGGACUGCAAGUUCAUCGAGACGUCGGCCGCCGUGCAGCACAACGUGUGGGAGGCUUUCCGCGGCGUCGUGCGCCAGCUGCGUCUGCGACGGCGCUGCCGGGACGCCAAGCGCCGCCCCCGCCGCGAGAGCCUCCCCGCCAAGGCCAAGCGGUUCCUCGACAAAAUGGUGGCCAGGAACAAUCCCGGCGUGGCCUUCUGGCUCAAAUCCAAAUCCUGCCACGACUUGUCGGUCCUGUAGGAGAAGACGCGGCGGGACUGCGCGGGAAGGCGGCGACGAGGUGCGUUCGAGGAGGCUCGGACGGACGACGUUCGCCAUCAACCGACGGCGCCGACGCGUGCGUCUUUCAGAACCUCUUCGUUUGGAUGCGUGCAAGUGCCCACAAUGGCGCCUUUGGAGGGGAAAACAAGCCGCGGCGGACGAGGCCACGCAAAACGUGGAGCGCGCGCACACAAAAACCACUUUCACGCGCAAAACUUUUUGAAAAAAGAAGGUUAGUGCGAGCUGUCACUUCUUUUGUUGUGUUAAAGGUUAACGCUGCGUGCGUCGGUGUCGGGUUCACCGCUGGACAAUUGUGCAAAUAACGAGGGACAAAAAGAGGUCCCGGAGGCUGACCGGCCGCGACUCCAAACCACCCUUCUGAGUCGGCCUCCUUUAAUUGGUUUCUCAGGUCAAAAGGUCAAAAGGUUGCGAAUUCAAAUGGGGGAACAGAUAUUAAUACGGAUACAAAAACAAAUGCUACAGUAAAUGUUUCUUCAAAGCUUCAGCAGUGUCCUGCUAAACGAUCCUCAGCAGGGCGUCCGAUUUGAAAUACGUUUAUGGCUUUUCGGGUGUCGCUGGGUCACACACCCGUUCGCAAAGAGAAUCGUUCGGGCAAAGGGGAUGGAAAGAAAUGCACGAUCAAAUUAAAAUGAUAACGGGCUGUUAUCAUUAUUUCUACGCGUCGGUUAUUUCUCUAUGUCGGACAUUUUUGCUGUGUGAAAGUUAAUUCGAUGAGCGCGUGAGAGUCGGAGGUCAUGAUGUGGAAAAAGUCUUUCGGGGGUUUGUGGUUUUUUUUCGGGGUGAGCUGCACGUCAGUGUUUUUGUGUUUACAAUACAUUUGAGAGAUUUAUUUUGUAUGGGAGAAGAGAGCGUUACAAAGCGGCUGUUACGGCGCAACUUGGUGUCAUCUUGCCGCUCAGCGUGUUGAAAUAAAACAA